AAUCACAUACAAAAUUAAUUAAUUUAUAUAAAUAUCUAUUUGUAAAUGGACUUCUUUGGCUAUAAAAGUGCGUUCUAGGUAUAUCUUUUUUAAUAUAAUAUAAUAAUUCAAAAAAAAGAUCAUACAAAAUCAUAAUUGAAGUUACUAAAAAUGAGAAUUUUUAAUCUUGUUUUGUUGCUUCUGGUAGUCUUUAGCGUAGUGUCAGCUUCCAAAUCUCAUAGAAAGCUUAGAUCGAAGAGCGAGCUCACUCCUUGUAAUUCAUAAUUUGACUGUUAACAAUAUCAAAGAUGUGUGAGAUCUAAUAGUGGAAUCAAAUUUUGUAUCAAUGGCUUCUGA